GGACUUCCAGUUUCACUUCGCUCCUCUCAGUACGUUCUCUUCGCAAAUUGUGCCCUGGUCGAGCUGCCAUCUGCGCAGCAUUGCACUACAGCCUGCAGGUACAGCUUUAGCCUUCAGGCAACAACGCUUUCUGCAGCUCCCUGCGGGGGCACCUUUUCUGUUGAAGAAGACGAGCUCAGGGGACAAGGAGACAUGUUUACGCCGCUUCGCAAGAGCCGCAGGCCGACAUGCAUGUUCCGCAGGAGCAGGUUGUCAUCUUAAAGUCAGGUUGUAGCAACUUGGUCUGACAAGUGCCUGGCUUGCUCCAAGAGGCUUGGCUUGCACCUCCAGGCUUUGGUGGCAUGGAGGAAGCGUCAGCUCCGGUGCUGCCAAUCCAUGCAUUUGAAGAGGAGAUCUGCCAUUCUGUCAGUAAGAACAGCGCCAUUGUGCUGAUUGGCGAAACAGGGUCAGGCAAGACCACCCAGGUCUCUCAAUUCCUGCACAAGGCAGGUUUCACAAAGGAUGGGAUGAUUGGCGUCACCCAGCCAAGGCGCGUGGCAGCAGUCUCAGUGGCCAGGCGGGUGGCCAGCGAGAUGGGGGUCCAAGUGGGAGCAGAAGUUGGUUACUCUGUGCGCUUUGAAGACCGUACUUCAAGGCAAACCCGAAUAAAAUACCUUACGGAUGGCAUUCUCCUGCGGGAGUGUCUCGCCGACCCCUCCCUUUCCCAGUACUCGGUAAUCAUCCUCGAUGAAGCACACGAACGAAGCCUCAACACGGACAUCCUUUUCGGCGUCCUGAAACGGCUGAUGCUGUCACCCACGUCUAAGCUGAAGCUGGUCGUAACUUCAGCCACACUUGAGGAGCACAAGUUCGCGGACUUCUUCGGAGGCUGCCCGGUCCUCAAGGUCCCGGGACGACUGCAUCCCGUCAAGAUCAUGCACGCGCUGGAGCGACCCAUUUCAUACCUCGAGUCGGCCGUUGAGACGGUCAUGGACAUUCACGCAAACGAGGGCCCCGGCGACAUUCUGGUGUUCCUCACGGGCCAAGAAGAGAUUGAGAAGGCGGUUAAGAAGCUAACCGACCGGGUUAUGACCCUGGAGCAGGGCACUUGCCAGGACAUGCUGAUCCUUCCACUGUACGGCAGCCUGCCUCCAGAAGCCCAGGUUCGCAUUUUCCGUCCGGCGCCGCCCGGCUGCCGGAAAGUGGUCGUCGCCACCAACGUCGCUGAAACGUCCGUAACCGUGGACGGAAUCGUAUACGUGGUCGACCCCGGGUUUGUCAAGCAGCGGCAGUACAACCCGCAGACAGGAAUGGACUCGCUGGGCGUGGUGCCAAUUAGCAGAGUGCAAGCCGUCCAGCGUGCGGGGCGCGCCGGCCGCACCCGCCCCGGGCAGUGCUACCGGCUCUACCCCCAGUCUGUCUUCGACCACGAGCUGCCCCCAGUGACCCUCCCCGAGAUUCAGCGCUCCUCGCUGACAGGCGCCGUUUUACACCUCAAGAGCCUCAGCCUACCGGGGCUAGACGUGCUACACUUUGAGUUUCUGGACCCGCCCCCGCGGGAAGCGCUCGGGGAUGCGCUGCGUCAGCUGUACCUUUUGGACGCGAUCGACGCGGACGGGGAUGUGACGCCGCUCGGACGGAAGAUGGCGGAUCUGCCGCUGGAGCCCCACCUGGCGCGCGUGCUGCUCGCGGCCGCCGACCUGGGCUCCCUCGACGAGGCGCUUACCGUCACCGCCAUGCUCUCCUGCGAGGGCGUAUUCACACAGCGGUCCGAUGGCGACCGGGGGGGGUCGCUGCCCGAUGGGGACGGGCUCGGGGAUCACGUCAUGCUGCUACAGCUCUAUCGGCGGUGGGAAAAGGCCGGGCGGGACCCCGACUGGUGCCGCCAAAAGGGGCUCCAAGCACGGUCCCUAAAAUUCGCCGCAGACGUCCGGCGCCAACUGGCAGCGGCGGUGUCCAAGGAAGCGGAUGUUCGGAACGGAAGCGGAAGGGAACCUGACCGGAACCAAAAGUCCGAGAAGCGGAGGGACGGGAGCACGGAGGAGCGGACGGUUCCGCUCCGGAAGGCACUGUGUAUCGGGUUUGCAAAUAAGCUGGCGCGUAGGAUGACGAAGCAUAACGGCUAUCGGACGAUGGGCGAAAAGUCGCAACUGGUGCAGGUGCAUCCGUCGAAUGCGCGCCUCCAAGUGGACGACGACGGCCUGCUUCCCGAGUGGGUGCUGUAUCACGAGCUGGUGGCGACCUCCCGGCCGUUCAUCCGGCACUGCUGCAAGGUCGAGGGCGCCUGGGUGGACCCCCUGGUGAGGCGAACCGAGGGACUAGACCUGCAGCGCCUCAGUGGGCAACCUGCGACGCUCGGCGAGGAAGCAGGUCCGGGUGAGUCGGCGAAAGGGGCGAAAGUAGACAGGUCGGUCAGCGGCUCAGGAAGUCAGAAACGGCCUCCUUUAGAAGACAAAAGCAUCGAGGACGCGAAAGCGAGGUACUUGGCACGGAAAAAAGGGCGGACAAAAUGAGUCACUUCGUAUAUGAUCGAGGUUUUGUACCUGCGCGAUACAAAUGGGAG